CACGAUUGGCAGGCACCGGCUAGCGUAGCGAUUAUGCAACCUUUCCUCGAAGUCGAACAAAAUCAAAAUCGCAAUAGAAACUCGGCCCGAUCUGUUUGUUGUGCUCGCGGUUCAUGACGAGAGCGAGAGUUUUUUGCUUUUUCGAUUGCCUUCUUUGUCUUUCCGAGAAACGCUGAGGAGGUCCUUAUUCGACUUGCUCGAUGAUCGUACUUUUCUACUGACAUCAACUACAACUAAACGAAGAGAGCAUGAUCCAUAGGUUGGUAAACAGAAGCACCCCUUGUGAAACUGCAACACCGGUGAUUCACACCACCCUAGAGAAGCAUCAAAAUGAACUUUGAUUUCGCCCCCUCCGGCGGCGGGGCGGCCUCGUCCUCGAGCCGUCCGGGCAACAAUACUUACUACAGCAACGACCGACCACAGGGCCUGCCUGCUCCACAAUUUCCUGAAAGCACCGGCGUUGCGUUUUUGGAUCGCAGAAUUCGGGAAGAAGAAAUGCAAAAGCAGAAAAACUUCACAAUCGACGACGUGUUUGCGCCCAUGGAGGGGCUGCUCGCGGAGCUCGAUACAGAGGACCAACUAGCAGGUUCUGCACCACCGCAAAACGGUGCCAGUCCAGUGUUUUCCCUAUUCUUUGAAAAUCAACCAUCCCCAGUGAAGAUUGAUCAUGCAAAAUAUGGAGCAACCAAAGUCGGCUCCUACUUUUCUAGGCAUGUACAGAGUGGAUGGCGAUGCUGGGGAUGGUUGAAGAUUUUCAGGGAAUACUUUCCAUCACAGGAGAGCGGCAAGAAGAGUGACAAGAAGAAGCAGCAGAAAAAGAGUGUCUUCGAUCAGUUCCGAGAGGCGCAGAGGAAAAACGAGGAGCGCCGGCAGCAGGCAGAAAACGAUCUCUUCGGCGGGUCGUUUGGAGAAACGAAGACGGACGAGCAGGACGAAAAUAAAAAGAGUGCAGCCAGAACUGGCGGUUUUUUUGGGACCAACGAUGUUUACAUAUGCAUUGCAAAUAUGUCUGGGUCUGGAAGAUUGCAACUUGUCAUGCUAAAUCCGAACCAUGCAAAUAUUUGUGUUGUAUGAGUGCGAAAAGCUGUCCACUUUGGACCAAGUUGGGAGGGAGUUUCUCACGCAGGAUAGGCAUGGCAGAGACCUCACAGAGUCUGUCAUGCUAGGUCCCGCAUUCCAGACCUCCUGGGUCGUGGAAAACCUGCAUGACAAGUUAACACUCUUCCAGACCCAGACAUAUUGGCAUUUGAUAUUACAAUCAGGAGGGCGAUAUCGACGACGACCCGAUGGACGUGGACGAGGAGGAAAAGGACGAGGAGAUCGUGUCCACGCCGUUGCCCAAGAACCGCGCGCCGCCCACCUGGGGCUACAACGACGUGCCCGAGGCCGACCGCUCCACGUGGGGGCACGGCAUUCCGGAAGAUUACAAGAGCGGGCGGGGGCGGGCGUCCCGGUACGGCGCCACCUACGAGGCGGUGGGCCCCAGCUUCGGCAGUUUCAUGCCGCGGAUGCACCGGAAGAACCCGCUCGUGAAGCGGGAGGACCAGCCGAAGCCGACCUACGAGGAGCUGCUCGACCCCGCGUUCUAUGGAUUGCAAAUAUGUCUGGGUCUGGAAGAUUCCGAGAUUUUUCAUGCAGUUUUUCCAAGCUCCACCAACACCAAGGCUGGAAUGCAGGGCAUAGCAUCACAGGUUCUGCAGCCCCUUGGUGAUGCCUAUUCUGCAUGAGAAAUGCCCUCUUAGCACCCUUUGCAAGUCGCGCAACACACAUUUUUGUAUGAUCCGCAACACGCAUGGCAAGUUCGCAUCCUUUCAGACCCAGACAUUUUUGCAGUUGAUACGUUCCUGCAGAGCCAGGGCUACCACCAGCAGCGCGACGAGAUGAUGAAGAACCUCGGGUUCAACAACAUCGAGCAACACAAGAAACUCUCCCGCGCGGGCAUCCGCCGCCUGGCGCGGCGGGGCGGGGUGCGGCGGCUGGCGACCAACGCCUACCCCAUGAUCGAAGAAACCUUCAACGAGUUGAUGUCCGAGAUCCUGCACGACCUGCACUGCCUCCUGGAUCUGAAAGGCAAGAACACGGUCACUUGCAAGGAACUGUGCUUCAUUCUCAACCGACGCGGGGCAAACAUCUUCGGAAUGCAGAGGUGAAGGGACGAAUUUUUUCGACUCAAGCUGCUAGAAGAUUACGAUGAGGAUUGAAGUGUUGCGUUCGAACACCAUCGAGUUUUAUGAAUCUCAGAGAAGCAAUAAAAAAACAAAUUCGGAUUACUUAGUCUAUGACGGAACUACCUACAGAAACAGAACCUAGAAAUGAAACAGAGAGAUUGGCUGUUGCGAAGGGAAAAUCACACCAAAAGAAAACACUUUCUUGCUAAGAAUCAG